UACAAUACAACACACCACACCACAACACAAACAAAAUUUCUUCUUCUUCUUUGCUCCUUCUUCGUCUUCUUCUCUGCUCCUUCUUCUCCCCCUCCGUUACAUGGCGUUUACUCCAUUACUCACUACACUACAACUAUCGUACACCGCCAACCACCGUAUCACCCUCUCCGUCUCCGUGGCCGUUUAACAUUUCUCUCAUUUUUUUAUUAUUAUAAAUCAGUAGUAACGUUUUUUCUGCAUUUCUUCUCCAUAAAUAUUUGUAUUUUUUUUUUCAUUUGAAGAGAUUCUUUUAAGCAAUGUGAUUCAGUAGUAAUGUGUAAUACACACACCGAGUCGUCAAUCAUCUGUGUUUUUUUUUGCUUAAUUUUUUCAAUUAGUUUUGUGAUUUUAAUUCUCUGAUGAUUUUUUUUGAGUGAGUUAGGGUUUUAGUAAGCUAGCUUAGCACCAGCUGGAGAUUUUUUUUGUUUGAUUUUUUUUUGAUUAAUGGUGAGAAAGAAGAUAAGGUAAAUAAUGCCUAGCAUUAGAGCUUCACCUACCAAGACAACUACUACUCUUACGGUUGCUGUUAAGUGUAGGCCGUUAACUGAGAAAGAACGGGGCCGUGAUAUUGUUCGUGUUAGUGAUAACAAGGAGGUGAUUGUAUUAGAUCCUGACUUAUCGAAGGACUAUCUUGAUCGUAUUCAGAAUCGCAGUAAAGAGAAGAAAUAUUGUUUUGAUUAUGCAUUUGGUCCUGAUUCUACUAAUUUGGGUGUCUACAAGAAAAGUAUAUCUUCGAUAGUCUCUGGGGUUGUUCAAGGUUUAAAUGCCACUGUUUUCGCCUAUGGUUCUACUGGAAGUGGUAAAACAUAUACAAUGGUUGGGACCAGAGAUGAUCCCGGACUUAUGGUUCUCAGUUUGUAUACCAUUUUUGAUCUUAUAAAAAAGGAUAAAAGCUCUGAUGAAUUUGAUGUCUCCUGUUCUUACCUUGAAGUCUAUAAUGAAGUUAUCUAUGAUUUACUUGAGAAAUCAUCGGGUCAUUUGGAACUUCGAGAGGAUCCAGAGAAAGGAAUAAUCAUUGUGGGGUUGAAAUGUAUCAAGGUCCAAUCGGCUGAUAAGAUUCUUGAACUAUUGAACUUGGGAAAUAGUCGACGAAAGACAGAGAGCACAGAGGCUAAUGCAACAUCAUCUCGAUCACAUGCUGUUCUAGAAAUAAUUGUUAAAAGAAAGCAGAGAAAUAAGUAUCGAAAUCAAGUCAUGCGAGGCAAACUUGCUCUUGUGGAUCUUGCUGGCAGUGAAAGAGCAUCUGAAACAAAUAGUGGAGGUCAUAAGCUAAGGGACGGAGCUAAUAUUAACCGUUCCCUUCUCGCUUUAGCAAACUGCAUUAAUGCCUUGGGGAAGCAACAAAAGAAGGGUCUUGCUUAUGUCCCUUACCGCAAUAGCAAACUAACACGUAUACUUAAAGAUGGUCUGAGUGGUAAUUCUCAGACUAUCAUGGUUGCUACAAUAUCCCCUGCAAACAUUCAGUAUCAUCAUACAAUAAAUACCUUGAAAUAUGCUGACCGAGCAAAGGAAAUAAAGACACAUAUCCAGAAAAACAUUGGCACAAUUGACACCCAUGUGUCAGAUUACCAGAGAAUGAUCGACAGUCUUCAGAUUGAGGUUUGCCGUUUGAGAAAAGAACUGGCUGAUAAAGAAUCCUUACUAAUUUUCAAGCCUGCUGAAAAAGAUGUCGACGAUGAGCUCUCGUGGUUGGAUACUUUAAGCCGUGAAACCAGUGAAAAUGUGCAGGAAAGAAUAAACUUACAGAAGGCAUUAUUUGAACUUGAGGAGACCAACCUUCGUAACCGCAUUGAACUCCAACAGCUUGAUGAUGCUAUUGCAAAGCAACAGGCUAUUGAAAAGGAAGGAGCAGUUGUAGAAGCUUUAAGAGCAAGGCGACAACUCAUUCUGGAUAACAUUCGUGACAAUGAUGAGGCUGGCAUUAAUUACCAAAAGGAGAUUGAAGCAAACGAGAAGCAGCGAUGUCAACUCCAAGAUAUGAUCGAAAAAGCCAUUAGUAAGGAUGGAAAUAAGACAUACUUGCGUAUCCUUAGUCAAUACAGACUUCUGGGAAUGGCCAACACUGAGCUUCAGUUCGAAAUGGCAAUGCGUGAUCAAAUUAUCCACAACCAACGACAAGCACAAAAAAACCUGUGGAACUUGCUUAUGAGUUUAGGGCUCGACGAGAAGCGCUUAUUGAAACUUGCAGCUAAAAAUGGAAUAAUGAUUGAAGAUCGGACAAUGAUGCCUCAUCCGCGUUUUGCAGAUAAGCUGUCGCUGAACUUUUCCUUAGACAGAUACGCUUCCAUCGGAACUAAUCCUCGGAAUGGUCAAUCAAUUUCUCGAUCUGGUGUCUUCGGACAUGGUUUGAGAUCAUUUUCAACCGGGCGUCGCGAUCCUGGUCAGGCGUUAUUCAUGGAAGAGCACCACAGUUCCUAUUACAUGCUGCCUCAUGAUCACUCCCCUCCAGCAUAUCUGAGGCUAAGGAAGAGUACUGACCACUGGUUUGGCUCACCUCAUCAGCAUUCUCAAGAUUUACGCAGUUCAUGUCCAGAUUUCAAAAGCCGCGCUUCUCCUUAUAGUGAUGGAUUCUCUUUCAGUGCUGAUUUUAGCCAUCAGCUUAAGCGUUGUAACACUGGGCACAUGGAGGUAUGAUCCAAGGCAACAUCUAUUUGAGUCUCGUCAUUCUGGAAUCGGUCAUGGCCAAGAGGACGAUGAAUCACGUGUCACUUAGAACUAGACGCAGGGCAGCAUAGCUCAAACCAUUAAUCAUCACGGUGAGCCAUCUAGUGGACCAAACAAGCUAAAAAAUUCAGCUGUCCAAUUUUGUAUAGUCACGCGUAGUUCUGUGUCUUCUAUGGGAUUUUUCCCUUUUAAUUUUUUGAUUUCUGUAACGCAAUUUAGUUGUAUAUAGCGGAAGUAGCAUAGAAGUAGUUUCACGUAGGGAGGUGAUUCUUUUGAUUCUUCUUACAGUGGAGAGAGGGAAACCGUAGAUUUAGUUUGUAAAGUUGAACUCGCUAACAUGUUGAAUGUAGGAGUAUCAUUUGUGUA